AAAGUCCUCACGUUGUGUUUCUUGUGACGUCUUCUACAAUUUUUGUAAACACGCUUGUCGAAUACACAAAUUCUAUAGAAUAGUCGAAUAAAAGCUAUUUAUUGCGGAAGUAAUGGCUUCCUAAAAUUUAAUUGCAGAUAUUAUUGUGUCAACGUUAAUUAAUAAAUAGAAAAAGAUAUCCAUGUGAUGAUAUAAGGUUUUAACAAAUUCAAUAGGUGAAUAUUCGUGUCAUCCGGCGUCUUUCUUUGCAUAUUUGAUGCCGCGUCCUGUGAAUUUUCCACAAAGAAAUAUCCAAUAAAAGGUUUUAUUUGUGUCUGAAAUUAGGACUUCUGUAACCAGAUAAUGUCGUUACGUCUUACAAUAAUUAUCUAAAACUACUUAGUUGUGUUUUUUGUUGUAAGUGGCAGUGGAAAUGUGAUGGCUUGUUAUAGAUCUACGGAUAUGUACCAGAGGUGAGGUGGUGAGGUUUUCGGAACGGAGCAGAAUACAUUGUGAAAAUGAGUGAUACCGGCGGCACCGCGAAGAGCAAUGUGAAGGGGGUCGCGGAUGAGGAGGAGGUGUCUGACGAGGAAAUGUUAGACAGCGACGAUGAUGACGAAACCAUCGCCCGGAUUCAGCGCGCACACUUCGCUCAGGCAGCUGCGAUGAGCUCCCGUCGCCGCUCAGCACCUCGAUCCCGACCCAUGAGCGCGAAACGAAAAAUGGAAGCUGUCAAAAGCUUUCAUGACUUUACUAAGAAACUAAAAAAAGACACAGGUAUAACCAUCCGCAGUUUAGUUGGUAAUAACAUAUUAGAAUUAAGCGAUUUCUCAGAUGAAGAGAGUAAAACAGAUAGUGAUGGUUUGUCAGAGGAGGAAUUUGUGGUCAAUCCGAGUGCAGUACAGGAAUUGAAUGAAGAAAAUGAGAGCUACAUUGAUCCUGAGACAGGUGAUAUAGUGGAAGCUAAGAAGGAGGCACAGAAAGUGCGGUAUCCAACACCCCCACCGACAACAUCUGAACCUGAUCCCGAGCCUGAACCUCAACUUUUGGAACCACCCGAAGAGCCAAAAACACUUUCUAUCAGUGAUAUUAUAAAUGAUGGUGAGUUGGACUUAAGUAAGAAUGUGGAGAUAGCCGAAUUAGAUGAAGGAGAGUUAUGUACAGAAAAAUCUGCAGAAGAACUGCUCAACAUCAAGCAAGAGGGAAGUGAAAUUGGGGAAGAGGGAGAGGAUGGUAGUCAAGACUUUGACAUAACUGAGAAAUUGAAAGAGAUGGGAGAGAUUAGCGUUAAACCUUUAAAGAAAGAAGAUGAAGAUGAUGAAACAUCCAAGGAUGAAGAAGAAAAGAAACCAGAAAAUGAAGAUGAGAAAAAAGCAUUAAAUACAAGUGCAAUAAAUGUGCGUCGUAACAUCAGAGAGGUAAUGGAUGAGAAGAAUCUGGAUGCAUCAACAUUGGCUGCCCAAAGACAGGAAUCUGAGCGUUUAGCUAGAGUUCAGGAGCAACAAAGAAUUAUUAGGGAGGUACAAAGACAAAUAGCACUAAAUAGACAAAACAAGAUACAUCAAAAAACAUUAUCUUUACUACAAGGUGGUUCUUCUAUUUUAAAACAGUCCUCUAGCAAACUGAAUUUGCCAAACACAGUGCUAGUGAAGCUGCCAUCAGGUGAGAUGAAGAAAACUACAGUGAAGCAAGGGCAAGUGGAGGUCACAAAGAUACCCAAACCCACCACCUCCGGCUCGGCUGCACAGAAACUUACUAAACCUGACCAAAAGACUGACAAAAAAGAAGUUGUAGAGAUAGUAGAUAGCAGCAGUGGCGACGAGUCUUCCUCGUCGUCGUCAGAUUCUGAUGAUUGCAUCAUGCUCUCUGACUCGGAAGUCCCGCCCAGCCCUGAAGCCGAAGAGGACCCUGGAAACUCAGGGCUUCAUGUGAACGACACGUACAAUGUGCCUGAUGAGCAAGGUCGUGUUCAAAUAAACAUUGGUCAUCCCGAGAAUGAGGAGGACAUUUUCUUGGCCCCACAAAUAGCCAGAAUCAUCAAACCUCACCAGAUUGGCGGUGUAAGAUUCCUGUUCGACAAUAUAAUAGAAUCCGUGGAGCGAUUCUCGACAUCGACAGGCUUCGGCUGCAUCCUGGCACAUUCUAUGGGCCUCGGGAAGACGUUGCAGAUUGUCUGCUUUACAGACAUUUUCUUACGACACACCACCUCGAAGACUGUGCUCUGUAUUAUGCCUAUAAAUACUUUGCAGAACUGGGUGGCAGAAUUCAACAUGUGGUUGCCACUGGACGCGUCCACCAGCCCCCUCGCGGCUCACGGAGAAGUGCGGCCCAGGCAGUUUCCUAUUUACGUGCUCAACGACAGUCACAAAACGCUUCAAAUGCGCGCCAAAGUUGUCAAGGAUUGGAAUACUACGGGAGGCGUUUUAAUGAUAGGUUACGAAUUGUAUCGACUUCUCAGUAUGAAAAAAGAUAAGAAACCUCGUAAGAAAAGGAAAGACGCGAAGCAGGAAGUUGAGAAGGAGAAGGAGAAGGAAGAAAAGGAGAAAAAGCUGGAUAAACCAGAGACUGGGAAUGAGGACACUCAGGGAUCCGACAACACAAUGAUGUCAAAAGUGUCAGAACUGUCAGAGUUGUCGAAAGCUGACAAAGAAGACGGGUCGCCGUCAGCGCAGAAGACUGAUGGUGACGGGAAAGACGAAAAGAAAGAGGAGAAAAAAGAAGAAACUCCUGUCGACGAAGAGAAGAGACUCUUAGAUGAAAUGUACGAAGCACUGGUGAAGCCGGGACCAGAUCUAGUCAUUUGCGAUGAGGGCCACCGCAUUAAGAACUCACAUUCGAACAUAUCUUAUGCCUUGAAGCAGAUGAGGACUAAACGCCGUAUAGUACUUACUGGUUAUCCCCUCCAGAACAAUUUGCUAGAAUACUGGUGUAUGGUGGAUUUCGUGCGACCUAACUACCUAGGUAGUAAGACAGAAUUCUGCAAUAUGUUCGAGCGGCCGAUUCAGAACGGCCAGUGUAUCGACUCUACGCCGCAGGACAUACGGCUUAUGAGAUACAGAGCACAUGUGCUGCAUUCUUUGCUCGUUGGUUUUGUGCAGAGACGCUCCCACGCUGUGCUACAAACAACACUGCCUCAGAAAGAAGAAUAUGUGCUGUUAGUACGUAUGACACCAUUACAACGAAAACUGUAUGAUCGUUUCAUGAAUGAAGUCGUUAGAUCUACUUCGGUACCUAAUCCAUUGAAGGCGUUCGCUAUUUGUUGUAAGAUAUGGAAUCAUCCUGAUGUCUUAUACAAUUUCUUAAGAAAAAGAAGCGAAGCAAACGCGGCUAUUGAGGAGGAUUUGGAUUUGGAAGAGCUAAGAGGAGUAACUAAAGCUGGACGUGCAAGGAACGGCAAGACGCCUGCUAAAAGAGGGCCUAAGCCGCGCGCGGCUAAGAAGCCAGCGGCCACUAUUCCUCCUAAUACAACCAUGGGCUCAGGAAUGCCGCGCCAAGAACCUUCGUAUGGAAGUGCACCAUUUCCACCGAACGGCCCUUACGGACAUUCAUCAAAUUCGUAUCAAAGACCAGAUCAACCCGGAGCCCCAUAUUCCUAUCCUAACUAUCAGCAACCACCGGGAUACUACCCACCUAACCAAGGUUAUCCUAACCAAAACUUUGAUCAAAACUACUACCAACAGCAACAGUCUUAUGGCAACAACUAUCCUAACCAGUACCCACAAAACCAACCUGAAUGGAAUCAGGCAGGGUACAGCCAAAACAACUGGGGAAAUGGUAAUUACUAUGGCAACAGUAGUGGUUACUACAAUAAUCCACAGUACCCUAAUGGCCAGCCCCCGCAGGACUUCAGGGGCAAUCCUCCAGCAGACUUCAACCAUCCUCAGCAAUAUCCCCCAAACUACAACACACCAUCUGGCGAACAAGCGUAUCCUGGAAACGCUAUGCAACCUUAUCCGGCUAAUCAAGAUGGAUACCCCAAUCAACAAAGACCGCCUUACCAACAAGGCUCUUAUCACAAUCCGUCGACGUAUCCAGAAUACAACGCAAAUGCACCCGUGCCACCCUUCUCUAACAACCAACCACCUUCGGAAUAUCCAAACCAAAAUUAUCCUUCAUCAUCAUACGUAGGUAGCACAUCGUAUGGGCCCGUCAAUCAACCAACAUCUUACAAUCAAUACGAAAAUCAGACUCCUAACUAUCCUGGCUAUUCGAACAAUAUGCCGCCUUCUCAACCGCCUGUUAAUAAUAUGCCAACUCAACCGCAAAUUAAAGCAGAACCAAAUAUUCCUCCUAAUUAUCAAUCGAAUGAUGUUAAACCCAAUAUAAAUACACCUCAGGAAACAGCAGUGACACCUUACAGUGCACCCGGUUACAAUUACAAUCAGCCUAAUACGUCUGCCUAUCCAGAUCAACCAGUACAGCCCAACAGUACAAACGGCAACUAUUCUUGCCAAUAUCCAUUCCCACCGCACCUUGAAACUAAGCCGCCUUUGGACAGCGCCGGUUCUGGCAGCCCUGUAACAUCAUGGCCCAUCACAGAAACUUUAAAAACAGAAGUUAGCAAGUUAAAGGCAGAGGAAAAGGAAAUCAAGUCCGAAUCAGAUGGCGAAGUUAAAAUUGAAGACUUGGACACAAAGAAGAUCGUCAAAGAUGAAACCAAAAAAGAACUUAAAGCAGAAGCAGCAAAUGACAUAAAAACUGAUCCUAACAAGAAAGAUUCUACGUUUAAAAAGGAUAACGAAUCUAAGGAUAAAGAACCUACUAAAAGUGAUGGAUCGGAAACUGAGGACGAGGUUCCUAGACGAGGGCGACCCAGAGGUAGACCCAAAGAUAGCAAAAAAGACGAUAAAUCUAAGGGUAAGACUAAAGCAAAGCCUCGAGGACGGAAAGAUAGGAAAACUUCUAAAGAUAAGAAUAAAGAUAAAGAUGAUAAGGAUUCGGAAUCCGAAGAAAGUGAGAAAGAGGAGAAGUUAUCGAGAGAGGAAGAAAUAGCGUUGACGAAAAAAGCGGAAGAAAUGACUUACGACUGGGCCACAGAGUUACUGAAGGACUACAUACCAGGAAUUAUAGAAAAUUCUGCGAAAAUGGAAUUGUUUUUCUACAUUCUAAACGAAAGUAUCAAAAUGGGCGAUAGGCUGUUGCUUUUCAGCCAGAGUUUAUUUACUUUGAAUCUUAUUGAAGACUUUUUAGAGAGGAAUUACAUUCCGGGAACAAAUUGUCUUUGGGAGAGGAACACCAACUAUUACCGUCUGGAUGGAUCGACUCACGCUUUGGAACGCGAAAAACUGAUAAACGAGUUCAACGCAAAUCCGCAAAUUUACCUGUUUCUGGUGUCGACUCGCGCUGGUUCGCUCGGCAUCAACUUGGUCGGGGCUAACAGAGUGAUCGUCUUCGAUGCUAGCUGGAACCCUUGUCACGACACGCAGGCUGUAUGCAGGGUUUACAGAUACGGUCAAAGGAAGCCGUGUUUUGUGUACCGUUUCGUGAUGGACUGGUGCCUUGAGAAGAAGAUCUACGACCGACAGAUCAACAAGCAAGGCAUGGCGGACCGUGUCGUCGACGAAUGCAACCCCGACGCUGUUCUCUCCAUGAAAGAGAUCACUAACCUCUGUUUUGAUAACGAUGAAAAGGAAUCAGAAGCCAAAGAUCUCUCAGAACACAAGGACAAGUACAUAGACGUGUUGAUGCAAGGUAUUUUGACGCACUACGGCCAGAAGCUAAGCAAAGAACCAUUCCAACACGAAUCCUUGCUCGUUGAUAGGAAGGAGAAGAAAUUGUCUAGCGCUGAGAAAAGACUUGCGCAAAGAGGCUAUGAGUUGGAGAAGAAAGCAGCACUAGCGCCGAAGCCGACGACGGCGUACCGCACGGUGCGCGCGGCCGACGGCAGCUUGGUGCAGCGGCCUGUGGCCUCCGUGCGGCCCAUGCAGCACGGCGCCCGGUGGAUCCCCGCCGACGUGUGGCGGCGGCAGGGCAUGACGGCGCAGGAGAUGACCUUGCCGCUAGAUGUUGUUAUCCCAACGAAUUCCGCGGAGAAAACUAACAUAGUUCUGAAGGCGGGCCAACGAGUCAUGGUGCUGAAGUCGCCGAAAGGAAUCUACAUGCAGUUGGAGUCUGGCAAGAUCAUCGCUAUCAAAACGUCUUUCAAGGGCUUAGCUGGACAGAAGGGGGACAACAAAGACAGCCCUGUUGGCAAAAAAGUUUUAGGGAGCCGUCCGACUUCAGCGAAUAUACCCGGAUCACUUAAAAAUAAUUCCGCAAUAACAAUCACCUCCAAAACUGCUCCUAGGCCAGGAUAUCACAGAAUAAUGACUCGGCCUAACCUAAUGGGUCAUAACAAAAUAACCCGCCCUAUGCUACCUGGCCAAAAGAUGGCUGAAAUUAGAAAUAGAUUAGGCGAAAUGAGAUCGUAUGGUUUGCGUCCUAAAUUAUCCGGCCAACAAGGUAGAUUAUUAAGGCCAAACUUACCGGGUUCCGUUAGCAUAACUAAGAUAACGAAAGAUCCAAAGAAAACUGACAAUGACAAUAGUGCCGAUGCAAAACCUAAAGUAGAUUUAGAUUCGGAAACUGAAACUCAGGUUUUAGACAGUGAUGAUGAAGACACAAAUAAAAAUUCUAACACGGAAAAAGAAUCGGAUAAAAAACCGGAAGAUAAAACUGGAAAUAAUGCCGAAAACCCUCAAUCUUCUACUAAUACAGAAGAAAACAGAAUGGACGUUGAGGAACAGCCAAAGCGAGAAACUGAACCUAUAGUAUUAACAACUGAUGAAAAGUUGCCCUCCGAUGAGGCUUUAGAUAGUACAAACGCUGAAGAACACUCAGCUGGACCGCAAAUGUCACAAGAGACUUUAAAAGCGCAGAUGCCUGACUGUGAAAGAGAAGCGACUGAAAAGAAAAUCAAUUUGUUGAAAAAUUACAGACAUCAAAGGCCCACCGGUCGAACGCCAAACGAAUCUAGCCUUAGUCAACUGGAAAGAACUGCCAGUGUGCUUAAUAAAGAAGGAAUGCCAGACUUCCGUAAAAAUCUUGACGACAUUACGCAGUCGUAUUCGCCGGGCUCCGAUGAAAAAUCCAGUGGAAAGUCAAAGAAGAAACGAUCCCCGAACAAAACUGAUGUAUGUGAAUCUCAAACAAAUGAUAAACAAGCGUCCAGUUCGGGGAUGUCGCACAGUGUGUCAAGUUUAUUGGGGAGCAGCAGUUCUAAGCCUCGGAUACAUGAAAAGACUGCACUAAAUACAGCUCCUGUGGCGCCGAUAGGUCAGACGCCUGCUCCAAGAAUGGUGCCUGGAAUGUCUCACGAUAUGAGUGCUAUGCAACAUCCACACGGGCACAUGGUGCCUGCUAAACCACUAGCUCACAUGAUGGGUCCAAGUUCACCAGCGAUCCCCGACGUGACCAAAUCUCUUCCGCCUACUGUUCCCGGUGCGAUGCCCAUGAAUCCUAUAGGGUCCAGUCCUGGGUAUCCCGCCGGCCACCCACCGCCAGAAGGACCUUAUGGGCAAUAUCCAGGUUAUGGAAUGGGUUAUGGGGGUUAUCCUAAUGCGCCAUAUUAUGGAGGUUAUGGUGGUGCGCCGUAUUAUCCUCCGUACGGCGGGGCUGCGCCGUUAACACCGUUCGCCCCCGUGGCGCCCGCUCCCGGCAACAUGCCCGCGCCGGCACCAGAAGGUUAUCCUAACCCGCAGUGGUAACAAGACUAGUGUCCACCUUCCGACUUCAAUUAUAAAGUGAAUAAUUUUUUAGAUAUUAUUUUUGGGAGAUUACGUGCGAAGUGAAUGUGUGUCGUUUUACUUAAGAUUUAACGAUUCAAACGUUUUUUUGAGUAAGUAGAAACGACAGUGGCUUUAAAUUUUAGUUGUGAU